AUGAGCAAGGUCAAGAUGAACGCGAAGCACGAGUACGAAUAUGUGGCAAACUACAAGGUCAUGCAGAACGUCUUCAAAGCCAAGAAGAUCGACAAGCCAAUACCAGUCGAGAAACUCGUGAAGUGCAAAAUGCAGGACAAUCUCGAGUUCCUGCAGUGGAUCAAGCGCUUCUGGGACGCGAACUACGGCGGGCAGGGUUAUGACGCGGUUGCACGACGGAAAGGCGCGCCGAUGGAGGCUCCAGCGACUGUGGCUCCCAUCUCUUCCAGUCGAACGAACCCAUCUGCUGGUCUAUCCGCCGGUGGUAGCCGAGCGGGUGGAAGGACUCCGAUAGGCGGGCAUCGUUCUGGCUCGGCCCAGCCUAAUGAAGCCGUCCAACAACUACAAGCCCAAGUGAAGGAACUAUCGGCACAUCUGGAAGGGCUAGAGAAGGAACGCGAUUUCUACUUCGAAAAGCUGCGCGAUAUCGAGAUCAUGGUGCAACAGCAGCUAGAAGUUCUGGAGGCAGAAGGAAAGGACGACCAUACAUUGAAAGAAAUCCAGAAAAUCCUAUACUCCACCGAGGAUGGAUUUGAGGUUCCUGAUGCCAAUGCUCCUGUUGACGAAGAGGAAACUUUCUAG